AAACAGGGAUGUACAACAUCCACACGUUGACGGCUGUUGUCAAACGAAAAAUAAAAAAAUUAGCAAGUGCAUCUUCCAAAAGAAAAAGUUUAUGAAAAACGUAAUAAUUUUGUAAUUAUAUAGUGAAAUAACAAGAAAACUUUGUGAGCUAAAUAUUGCUUAUUAAAUAAACAAGUUAUUAAUGUGAGAAAAAGUUAAAAUAUUGGAAAAUUUCAAAGGAUUUGUAAAGAAAUAAAUUUUGUAAAAAAUGGCGGAUCCUUUAAGUUUGUUGCGGCAAUAUAAUAUAAACAAACGAGAUAUUAUAGAACGGGAUGGACAAAUUAUUUUCGGUGAAUUUUCCUGGCCGAAAAAUGUUAAAACAAAUUAUCUAAAAUAUGGCUCCGGCAAAAAGGGUGCUCCCCGCGAAUAUUAUACACUAGAGUGUUUGUUAUAUCUGCUGAAAAAUGUUAUGCUUCAGCAUUCGGUAUAUGUUAGGCAGUGCGCCGACGAAGAUAUACCCGCCGUACAUCGUCCCGAUCGUAGGGAACUAUUGGCCUAUCUUAAUGGCGAGACCACAACUGUACCCAGCAUUGAUAAAAGCGCUCCCUUGGAAAUACCCACUCAAGUAAAGAGGCCAGCCGAUGGCGACACAGCAGGUGGAGAAUCAAAUGCUAAAAAGGCCCGCUUUGAGGAAACCCAAGUACAAAAGGUCAGAGAACAGUUGGCGGCUCGUUGGGAUGUCAACAAAAAAGAGGCCACUGUCAAUAUGGAUAAUAUUAAAUCAUUGUCCGAGACUAUGUCGGUGGAAAAAAUUGCUGCCAUUAAGGCAAAACGUUUGGCCAACAAGAGAACAACUAUUAAACGCACUGACAAUGAAGAUGCCAUGGCCACUGACUUGAGGGCUAUAUUGGAUUUUGAUGUAGACUCCACCAAGGACAUAAUAAGUCGUGAGCGUCAAUGGCGUACAAGAACCACUAUACUGCAAAGUACUGGUAAAAUAUUUGCCAAAAAUAUAUUUGCCAUCUUACAGGGCAUAAAGGCUAGAGAAGAGGGCCGUAAUAGACCCAUACAACAAAAUCCCAUUAAAAUGCCAGAGCCGGCUAGAAUUAAUAAACCUCAGCCACAACUUACACAAUAUAAUCGUUACGAUCAGGAAAGAUUUAAUAGACAAAAAGAAGAAACCGAGGGCUUCAAAAUCGAUACUAUGGGUACUUAUCAUGGUAUGUCCCUGAAAUCUGUGACAGAAGGAUCUCAAGCUCAACGAAAGGCUCAAAUGGCACCACAACAGCCAGGUCGUCCCAAGGAAUUAAUACCAGCGGCUCAGGCUCGUCAAGUGGCACCAACGCCUCAGAAACGUACCUCUCGAACUCCCAUUAUUAUCAUACCUUCUGCCAACACUAGCCUUAUAACAAUGUACAAUGUUAAGGAUCUAUUGCAGGAUAUGAAAUUUGUCAGUACGGAGGAAAAGAAACGAGCUGGUAGUGCCAGAGACAAUGAAGUACUCUUGCAGCGCAAGAAACAAAACAUGACAGUCCCCUAUCGUGUUAUAGAUAAUCCGCAGAAACUAAAUGCUCAGGACUGGCAGCGUGUGGUGGCUGUAUUUGUUAUGGGACCUGCUUGGCAAUUUAAAGGAUGGCCUUGGGAUGGCAAUCCUGUAGAAAUCUUUGCCAAAAUAUCUGCUUUCCAUUUGCGCUUUUCGGAAUUAAAACUUGAUGCUAAUGUAGCCAAAUGGUCGGUAACAUUGUUAAAUCUUUCACAAAAUAAACGGCAUUUAGAUCGUGCAGUAUUAAUGACAUUUUGGGAAACUCUAGACAAAUACAUGGCAAAAUACAAACCCGAUUUAAGAUAUUGAACAUGGCCUAUCUUUCUUGUUGAUUUCGUUAAAUCAUGCAUAUUUUUAUGAACUACACAUGAAAGACCAUUUUUAUAUUAUAUUUAUAAAUAGUCAUAUUUGUUCUGUAAUUCUUUUAGAUUAGUUGUUUGAUAAAGAAAUCCCAUUUUUAGUUUAGUUCUUGCAAAAGAAUAUCAAGUUUUUCCCCCAUCCCAUAAUAACUAAAACAUAAAAUUGUGUUUUAAUGAAUUAACGUUUUUUGUAAAAAUAAAACAAGCCCAUAAAA